AUGUUGCCCCAGACGCUCCUUUCUUUCGUUGGGCUGGCCUCGUUAGGGCUCGCUGCUGCUGCAUCAGACCGCCAGUGUCAAAAUGCCCGCUACGAAAACAAACACAGAGCGUUCGUGCUCACGGACAUGUCCAAUGAGCCAGACGAUCAGAUGAGCUUGGUUAGGCUCUUAACAUACUCGAAUGAGAUUGACAUUCGGGGCAUUGGUGUUGUGACAAGCGUAUGGAAGAACUCCUCAAUCGACGACGAAACAGUUCGUCUAGUCAUCUCCGCCUACGGCAACGUCACCGAUUCUCUCAAUGCAAACGUCCCUUCAAGCGCACCCUACCCGCAAGCCUCAGAACUCCUCUCGAAAGUGCACGUCGGCCACCCCGUCUAUGGCCUCGCCUCCCUUCAACUCAACACCAGCGAUGCUGCACUCGCGCUUGUUAAAGCCGGAGAUGAUGCAUCACCCACAGACCCACUUUACGUUCAGUGCUGGGGUGGUGCAGCUGUUCUAGCAGAAGCCCUAAAUCUCGUUCAACAAACCCGCGAUGCGAAUGCCACCGCCUCUUUCGUCGCCAACCUCCGCAUCUACUCCAUCUCCGACCAAGACGACGCAGGCCCCUGGAUCCGCCAACGCUUCCCCACCCUCUCCUACAUCGUCUCCUUGCACUCCUUCAGCGAAUACGGCCGCGCGACAUGGAACGGCAUUUCAGGUGAACUCUACCGCUUCUUCGACAUUGGAGGGCCCGACUCUUCCCUCGUGACUAACGAGUGGCUCCAAACACAUAUCCGCUUAGGAGAGCUAGGCGCGCACUAUCCAAAGUUUGACUUCAUCAUGGAGGGCGACACGCCUGCUUUCUUCCCUCUAAUCCAAAACGGCCUCGGCGACCCUGAUCACCCCGAGUGGGGAAAUUGGGGCGGCAGGUGGAAGUUGCUGGAUCAGAGUGGAAAAGUGAACGUUUUCACUGAUGCGACGGACUGGGUCGUUGGUAUCAACAACCAAAGUUACCUUACUUCGUUCGGAACGAUCUGGAGGUGGAGGAGGGAGUAUCAAUUUGACUUUGCGGCGAGGAUGCAGUGGACGCUGGGCAAGAGCUACGAAGAGACGAAUCACGCUCCAGUUGCGAUAGUGAAUGGGUCAUGUGGGCCUGAGAUCAUUGAGCUCAACUACAAGAUCAACGACACGGUGGUGUUGGAUGGCUCGAAGAGCUGGGAUCCAGAUGGUGAUGAGUUGAAGUUCAAGUGGUUCCAUUAUUUGGAUGUUACCGAGCGCGUGGAGGGGGAAUCACCGUUUCCGUCGAAGUAUGUCAAGAUUGAGGAUAUUGGGGGAAAUGGUGGUGUCGUUGCGGUUACGCCGCAGUAUAACCACACUAUGCAUAUUGUCCUGCAGGUUGAAGAUGUUCGCGCUAUGGAACUCACUACGUACAGACGUAUCGUGUUGUACCCGACAUCAUAG